CAAGUCGCGAUCUGAUCCUGCACGUCAUUUGGUCAUGGCCGACGUGCUGCUCGUGCCCGACUUGCUGCGAUGCAUCGUGCAGUUCCAGCCAGGUCUCCCGCCGGAGACGCUGUCGCUGGUCCGCCACCUCCGGCGCAUCCACCUCUCCAACUACCAGCUCACGACCUUCCUGCGCGACGACAUGGCGCCCUUCCACGACGCCUUUCCGCCGUGGCUGGUCGUCCAUGGCUUCCGCGGCGUCGAGGUGCUCCUCGAGCGCAAGCAAGCGUACCGCGCCCACCUCCUCUACUACGCCCUUAUCCAUGGGCACGUCGCGCUGCUGCAUUUCCUCUCGACUCGCACGCGCAUCUCGGCCAAGGCGUGGGCCCUCGCCUCCAUCUACGGCCACCAAAACAUUGCUGCGUACCUCUGGGCGCACUACGCGGCCUUCUACGACGAGAGCGUCUCGGACACGGCGGCGCUGCACGGCCACGCCGACAUGAUUGAGCUCCUACACAAGGCCGGCGCGCCGAUGCCCGCGUCGAUCCGCUUGACGGCGUGCGCCCGCGGACGUCUUGGUGUGCUGCAGUACGCGCAUAGCCAGCGGCUUGGCGAGUGGCAUCCCGGCGGCGUCAACGCUGCGGCGCGGGGUGGCGAUCUCGACGUUCUCGAGUUUCUACACGAGCACAACUACGAGGGGUUUGGCCCCGACACGAUGAACGCAGCCGCGCUCUACGGCCACCUGCACGUCGUGCGCUUCUUGCACGAACACCGCAGCGAAGGGUGCUCGCCGGAAGCCCUUGUGUGGGCCGCCAAGUACGGCCGCCUCCCGCUCGUCACGUUUCUCGACGAAAUGCGCGCCGAGCGCGACUUGCCCCGGGCGCUCCGGGCAGCCAUCAAGCACGGCCACGUCAAUGUUGUGCGCUACCUCGUCCGGCGGCAUCUGCGCGAAAUCGACGUCAAGGCGGCCAAGGCGGCGGCGUUGCGCUACAACCAAACGGCCGUCCUGAGCGUGCUCAAGACGGCGACGCCGGGUCUCUGUGUCAUUCAGUAG